UCAUGGGGGUUUCCUUUAUCUUUAAAAGAAACUCCUGAGAAGAGCUUAGAACAAUUUUUUUCCCCUCGAGUGCCAUUUUCCAAAGGUACUCACCGACAAAUAAGGUGUGACUGUAAUGGCUGCACUAAGUUGUCUGUUGGACAGUGUAAGAAGAGACAUAAGGAAGGUGGACAGAGAACUAAGGCAAUUGAAAUGCCUCGACGAAUGCACACGUUGCCUCUGUGACUUCUACGUGCACCCUUAUUGCUAUUGUGACUUACAUCCAUACCCGUAUUGCCUGUGCUAUACAAAAUGCUCACGCGUUUGUGGGUUAUGUGAUCUAUAUCCAUAUUGCCUGUGUGAUAUCAAGCUAUUCUGUCUUCAACCAUCAAUCAGAAGUUUGGAGAGGAAAGCCAUUAAAGCCAUUCUGGAUGAAAAGAAAGAACUGAUCAAAUUAAGAAGAACAACAAACAAGAUUCUGGCAGCAUCCUGUUGCAGUAGUAACUUACUAGGGUCAGUGAAUGUGUGCGGCUUUGAGCCCGACCAAGUCAAAGUCAAAGUGAAAGAUGGAAAGGUGUUUGUGUCAGCCGAACGUGAGAAUAGAUACGAUUGCCUAGGAUCGAAAAAAUACAGCUACAUGAACAUCUGCAAAGAGUUUACGUUGCCCCCAUGUAUGGAUGAGAAAGACGUAAUUUAUUCUUAUGGACUGGGCAGUUGUGUGAGCAUUGAAGCCCCUUGCAACCCAUGCCUUCCAUGUGGUCCAUGUGGUCCGUGUGACCCUUGUAAUCCAUGCAACCCAUGCAACCCAUGCAACCCUUGCAACCCGUGCAAUCCGUGCAACCCAUGUAAGCCGUGCAAGCCAUGCAAGCCAUGCGAUCCAUGCAAUCCGUGUGACCCAUGCAAUCCAUGUGACCCAUGCAAUCCGUGUGACCCAUGUGAUCCAUGCGAUCCCUGUGAUCCAUGCGAUCCCUGUGAUCCCUGCGACCCGUGCAAUCCAUGCAAUCCCUGCGAUCCCUGCGAUCCAUGCUAUCCUUGCGGAAGCCGACUUUCCUACCGGAAGAUGAUGAAGUAGAGGGGUAUAGAUGAUAGGCUGGUUAGUAGUAAUUAGUUUUACCAUGAGGCAGCUCUUCCAGUGUUUCUCUUUCCCUGCUUUCCGAAAUACAUAGGCUCCAUAAUACAUAAUUGCAAACUUGUUGGUGUUGUGUGAGAAUCUUUCAGUUCUGCCUGCUGCUGAGUGGGGUUAGCCCUACACAAAUCCUGAGUUCCAAGAAGCGGUGGGAAAGAAAAAUGACAUGGGAGAUCUGUUCACAAACAACCAGGCAUAGAUUAUUCUCAUAGGUAGUCACAGGCGUCAUAUUUCCAACUGAUGGUCCUUAGGAGCCCAAGCCAGGAGUUAAUAGAAGUGGAAUACUUGAAGGAGCCCCAAGUCAUGAAAACAGACCGUAUCAUACGUUGGCUGCCUGGAAAAAGACCAAGAAGUAAAUGCAAAGGGACAUACUUGGGAGGGGCAAGGGAGUAAGUUGUUGGUUUCAACCCUGUCCCUUGAAGGUAUCACAAGAAC